AUGGCCCGUAUCUUUGGUAUUAUCUGCGCUGUUGUCACCGCCCUCUCCACUACCGCAGCCUAUACCCCGUCGUAUCUGUACAAGUUCGAUGCGGCGAGCGCUGCUGGCGUGGACGGCUCCAUCGAGGUUCAAUACGCCGCUGAAGAUUCGACUGUUGCCACCAUCAAAGCCAACCUCGACUUCUCCGACUGGAGCUCGACGCUCACUUCUGACUCGUUCGCGCAAUGCUCCAAGGCAGCCACAGACAACCACUACGACCCGUUGCGAGCGUGCGGUCCUGCGUCUGAGCACAUCGCUGAGGCCGGAUGCAAUGAGAAAUCGUUACACUACGCGUGUAACCCAACCAACUACAUUGCCGACCCAUUGUGGACGGACGAGCACUAUCCGCUUCCCUCGGAAAACACAGACACGUGGAGCAUUGUACUUCACGCCGUCUGCACUUGA